GCUGCCCGUCUCCAGAAAGACAGAGAAAGGCACAGAAUGAGGAGACAAGCCGAGACGAAGACGAAACAGGAGGAUCCACUUGAGAAUACGUGGCAAAGGGAAAUUAGUGCGAGAGUUGCAGAACCCAACGCCUGCCUUCGACUACAAGGCCUCCACAGAGAAAGGACAAAGCAAAAUGGACAACUCAUAGGGUGUAAUGUUUCUGCCGAGCCGCGAGGAGGCCCAACUAUGGAGGAAGAGAAGGGUGUCGUGGUAUGCAAAGAAAAAGAAGGAACUGAGAAUGGGGGAAGAGACCCUUUCAUUGUCCAAGUCAGGACCAUCAGGGGCUUUUUGACCAAGGAUGGCCCAUCCCACAUUAAGAUGGAGUCAGAGGACGAAAUACACCAAAGCUGGGAUUCUCAAAGGCAGGAACUCUUGAAAAGAACAGCUGGGUUUCCCGCAGCACCAUCUCUUUUGGAAGAAGAUACCAAAGAUUUCCUGGCCUCCUUGGGAAGAGUCAAGGAGGAUCUGCAGGAGGGGAGCUCUGGGAAGACCGGAGGGAAGGCUGUACCCCAAAGAGAUCCGAACAUCAAUAGAAAAGUUCGGGUGGGCAGGAAAAAGCUGGAUUUCUGCAUGAAAGUCAAGGGUGAAGAGACUUUGGUGGAAGUUGAUCUGGAGAGUCAGAGGCUCCUGCACCUUAGGCAGUUCAUCCCACAGGAUGCUGAAGAGAUGCCUCAAAACCUAGAAGGUACGAAGCUCAAACCUCCCAAAUUCGAGGAAGAGGCCUUCGAGAUUGUGAAGAUGCACAAGAAGACCUUCCAAGGGGGAAGAUCUGAAAAAGCGGAUGAAUUCCACUGA